UACCCGGGUUUUGUUAAGUAUACUACAAUGUAGUAACCCCGUUACAGAAAUAUGCAUACAAUCAUUCGGCAAGACUCCAUGGAAAUUUGUAGUUAAUUUUCCUUACCGCGGGUACUUUGCAGUGUACUUAAGAGUGCCCGGAGUACUCAUACGUAGUACCUUUGGCGACUAUGACCAUUCGAGCAUUACUAGGUUUCUUUGAAGAACGCCCCUAGCGCUGAGAUCGAACCCGGAAACUUCGGAUCGCUAGGUCGACAUCACGCCAUCGCGAUACUUCAGGAGUCUUUUUCUAUUUAAGCCUUUCCAUGACAUGAUAAUGAAUGUCGAUGACCUCAACACGUGGUCCAACUCGCACGACACGAAUCUCACUCUGCUGAUUCCCAGUGCGAAAUUAAUAGCAAGUCUCUCAAACUUCCAUAGAAGUUACAUAAGCGCGGAACCAGAUAUGGAUAAAAAGUUAUUCAACAGCCACGCACUGCCAUCUAUCACGUUAAAUCAAGCGUACAUGGACGCUAUGUUUAGUGGCAGUCGAGUUUUCUACACAGAGAAUCGCUACGAUACGACCUUUACCUUUGUAAAUGUGGACCCUACCAAUAGAACGGAAGUUACUUCGGUUGAUAUCGGGUUCACGAAUCUCAGACAGUCUUUCGACCUGGUGCGUGACGGGAUCGCGUGCAGUAACGGCAUUAUCUACGUCAUCGACGGCUUCCUGAACUUCCCGCUGAAUGACGCUCACUUUGAGUUGACACAUCAACCGGAUAUAAGUCUUGGAAGCGAUCAGCUUCUAAAGCUCAUACCGAGCGACUCCGGUAUCGAUCUGACGUCCUUGAAGACUAUGUACACGGUGUUCGUUCCCUCGGACUCCUCGCUGGACCCCCCAGCAUCUCAGUAGGCCAGAACUGGAGUACAUCAACGCGAACCUCACAAAGGAGGCGAAGAUGGCUAUCGUUCGCCGCCAUAUCGUCCCCAACCAAAAGGUGGAUUCCGACAGCAUCAUCGACGGCUCCUUCAGCGCUUACGCAAGCAGCAGAAAUAUCACAGUGAUAGCCAGAAC